GAAGGGAAUUCGGGUGCGUGCGCGGGGUUCUGCGGAGAACGGCCCCGGUCUUCAGCCGUCGGUGCCCUUGAGGUCCCGGGCCGCGAUCUCCGCUGCUGCCGCCCGCUGGGCACCUCCUUGCAGGUGACAACAUGCCAACUGCCAAGCAGCUAGCUGACAUUGGCUACAAGACCUUCUCUACCUCCAUGAUUCUCCUCACCGUGUAUGGGGGAUACCUCUGCAGUGCCCGAAUCUACCAAUUUUUCCAGCGGCGUAGCUCAGAGAGACAGGCUGCGGAAGAGCAGAAGACUUCAGGAGUUCUGUGAAACUGGGGAGCUUUUUUCCUCUGAGCGAGAGCCUGAGGCAUGCUAUGGGAAGACCUCACCUGUAAUUAUUUCCAAGUCAGGAAAGAAGUAGAGCCUUAAUAGUUUUCAAACCUGUUUGGAAAAAAUAUGCAUGCUUUCUCUAGUACUGCCAACUUGGGGAAGCUAUAUCAAAUCACAUCAGGAAUGGGAAAGUGAGGCACACCUAUUAAAUGUUUUGCUCUGUCAAAAAAAAAAA